AUGAAUUACACUAUCCAUAAUCAGGAAAAAAAGAUAGCUCUUACUGUUGAUGGCUAUGGAAAUGUGACAUCCUUAUCAGAACAGUCUCUCUUUUGCGCCGUUUCUAGAAGCUACACAAACGUUGAACAAUGGAAUAUUAGUCAUGCGAUGCUGAUCGUGGGAUAUGGUUCGUAUGGUGAUGGUCUUGAUUAUUGGAUUGUGAAGAACUCAUGGGGUAAAGAUUGGUGGGGAGACGAUGGUUACAUCUACGUCAAAAGAAACACUGGUGAUCCUUAUGGUGUAUGCAACUUCAAUUGCUAUGCUUAUUACCCAACCAAGAACAUUCUCAAGCUUGAUUCUGCUAUAUGA